AUGGAGGAAAGAAGAAUUAGGCCUCUCUUGGUGGUUUUUGUGGUGGUGGGGGCUGCUCGUAAGGCGAUCCACGACCUCUUUUUGGGUUGCUACAACUUUUGCUUCCGGACAUGCUUGCCCUUCGAAGGCGCUAUUGCCAAAUGUCUCGUUGAAUGUUUGAGACGAGUGCACCUCUCAUUCUCGCGACGACAUCCUUGCGACAUGAAUUGUGCUCUCUCUUCUUGUUCCAAAAUCGGCACCAAAAAUGACCCUCAGGAAUAG